CCAAACACCCAAAAAGGGAGAAUAUCUCCGACCCGCGCUUCUUCUAUAAGAACCAUUCGGAGACGAAGCGUCCUUCACCGAGAAAUCGAAGAAGAGAAGAUUUGUUUUGCGAGCUUUGACUGAAGAGAAAUGGCGGCUGAAGGAGAAGUGAUCGCUUGCCACACCCUUGAUGCCUGGAACGAGAAUUUCAAAGCGGCCAACGAAUCUAAGAAAUUGGUCGUGAUAGAUUUCACAGCUUCGUGGUGCCCACCAUGUCGUUUCAUUGCACCGGUCUUUGUGGAACUUGCCAAGAGAUUCCUCAAUGUAGUGUUCUUCAAGAUUGAUGUUGAUGAGUUGCAGGAUGUUGCCAAGGAAUUCCAAGUGGAGGCUAUGCCGACAUUUGUGUACCUGAAAGAAGGGAAGGAAGUGGAGAGGGUUGUCGGUGCGGACAAAGUGAAGAUCGAGCAGACGCUGAGCAAACACGUCGCUACUGCUUCGGCUUGAUCGAUUCUGCGUCCAAGGAGACAUAACAGAAGCAAGCUUGUCUUGCUUUUCAUAGUCUGUUUAAUUAUGUUGUCCUAAUAAUAAUCUGCUUCUUCUGAAGCAAUCUGCUUUGUUAACUGUUUCUUGUUGUGGUGGCUACUCUUGUUUGGAUCUUCAGAGAUUUCUUUGUCAGCUAUUUGAUCUUGCACUUGUGGUUAUGUAAUGUAAACCCUUUUUUUUUUUCUGGUUUUAACUUCCACAAUCUCAUUUGGUGA